AUGUGGCCUAAAUCGGUAGUCAGCAAGAUCCUUGGAAAGAGAUUCGGCAGCAACAACUUUGUCGCCGACUUGUCGCGCGCCGACAUGGAGACAGCAUUGGCGCCGGAAGUUCCAGGUUUAGAGCAGUUAUCGUCUUAUUAUGACACCAAGAGCCUCUUAGAUCAUCGGAAGGAAACGCAUAAUUACAAGAUCUUCGUUAGCACUUGGAAUGUUGGUGGUUUUGCACCAGGAGAUGACUUGUCGAUCGAAGAUUGGCUCGACAUACGCGACAAUCCAUGCAAUAUUUAUGUUCUAGGGUUUCAAGAAGCAGUCCCUCUGAAAUUUUCCACUGUUCUGGGUUCGGAGAACCCGACGAUCCAAGCAAAAUGGAACGCGGUGAUCGGGAAAUCCUUGAACCGAACGGGACACAAGCAAGACAAGUUUCAUUGCAUCAUGAGCAAGCAGAUGGUCGGAAUAUUGGUCACGAUUUGGGUUCCUAGUGAGUUGCUCGCGUGCAUAAGCCAUCCAAGUGCUUCAUGCGUAGGCUGUGGCGUUAUGGGCUACCUUGGCAAUAAGGGUUCGGUAACGGUUCGAUUCGAAUUACACGGAACGAGCUUCUGCUUCGUGUGCACUCAUCUUGCUUCUGGCAAUCGACAAGCAGAUCAUAUAUUAAGAAACUCCAACGCGGCCGAAAUAUUGUCAAGGACAAGCUUCCCGGGAGGCCCUUCACUGCAUUCGUCUAGAAAGAUUCUUGAUCACGAUAGGGUAAUUCUGCUCGGAGAUUUGAAUUACCAGAUUUCCCUCCCGGAAGCAACGACGCGGUCUCUCGUCGAGCGAAGCGAAUGGAAUAAGCUGCUAGAACACGAUCAGUUAAAGGCAGAGCUGGGGAAUGGUCGAGUACUACAAGGUUGGCAGGAGGGGAGAAUUGAUUUCGUUCCUACCUACAAAUAUUGCCCUAAUUCGGACGUCUAUUACGGAACUGGCCAUGAGAAUAGUAAAGGAGGAAGAAGACGAGCUCCUGCAUGGUGUGAUAGGAUAAUAUGGCGUGGGGAAGGACUGAAGCAACAUUUGUACACGAGAGGCGAGUCGAAGUUGUCCGACCAUCGGCCGGUGAAGGCGAUCUUCACCACACAAGUCGGUGUUUUGCUAAAGCUUGAAGGCCUUCGAAGCUUCUUCACCUCCCAAAGCUUUGAGCAGAUCAAGAACGUGUCGGCAGAUGAGAUUUCGUAUUCAGUGGCGCGUCGAGCUUUUAAAUUUCUCAGUGUUGAUUAA